CUGCAAGCUGCUAUGACAAUUUUUCACCGCCUAGCGGUUGCCUGCACUUUAAGGUAUCGUAAAACAUACUUAAAAUGGGUUUACGAGCCUUAUGAUGAAAUUUACCACCACAAAGUUUCUACCGCAUAUUUCGCCCCCCAAAGGAUUCUAGAAUUCAUUUGUGGAUUAAAAUUUUCUAACUAUUUUACAGUUCAAUACAAACGAAAUUUUAAUUUACAAAGGCUUAUCAUAAGCUUAUCUCCGUUUAAAUUCUCACGUAUUUUUGUUUGUUGGUUUUUCGACUAGCUACUGCCAUUGAUCAUUCUCACAAUUUUUAAUUGAGACAGCAUUUUAUCCGAGAGCAUAUUACUCAGUUAUAGAGGAAAGCACUUACGGGAUUUUUUUGAAGUACGAAGAUAGAAUAAAGAGUGUGGUACUUGUUCGUGGCAGUUUUCGGAUAUUCCAACGUUUGGAAUUACAGGUAGUGCUUUUUUAACUUCUGCAAUAUUAAACCAUUGAAUCGUUAACUCGAUUGACUAUUAUACCUUUAUUUAACUUAUGGAUACUGGAAAACGUUCAGAUACAGCCGUUGCUGUUUCAAAAGACCCACUUUCGAGAGAAGGAGGACUUCCGGCACCUGUCGAUUACCAUAUGAACCGGAAUUUAGGUGCCAGUUCAGAUCUGAGAACAACAAUAACUAAGCAAAUGUCAAAUAACGGAACUGAGACCACAUCGUCCAAGAAACCUGACCAAGAUCGGAUGGAUUCAGCUUCGAGAAGAAAGGCCCAGAAUCGCGAAGCUCAACGCGCUUUCCGGCGAAGAAAGGAGGAACAUUUACGUACUCUGGAAAAACAGGUUGUUGAGCUGGAAGAGUUACAACGAGCAACUGCUACGAAAAAUCAAAUGUUAGAGUCAAAGAUACACGAGUUGGAAAAUGAAGUAAAACGCCUUAAAGGUAACAAACAGCAUCAAGGGUUUCGACAAUCAAAUGAAUUGGACAUAAUGCCAAGUCUCGAUGAGUGGGUCACUCACAGUAAACACAAUCAGGUGACUGGACCGUUGAUUUUUGAGCAUGACACAAGUUUUCCCCAAUUAAGUUACUUGGGACUGAAUCCAUUUACAGAAACAGUUGCAGACCCUGUUCACACGAAACCCGGUUUUAAUUCAGAGUCUAAUGGAACCCGAGAAAUGACAGCUGUUUCUUCUUUACAUAGUGACACAACAGCUGCUGCACAUUCUUCUGCCAGUAAUCUAUUAGAAACGCCUCAAGCCGGUGCGGGCUCGAGUGCUUCUCCGGAGUCGCUUGCGUCCAAGGAGAAGGAAGGUCUUGAUGAAAAUGUGUUUUGUAAGGAGCUCAGUACAGCUUGUGGCACCGUGUGCACGCUUCCUAAACGAGAAAGGCAAAGUCCUGCUGCCUAUUCAGGCUACUCGUCGAAGAUUCCGCCUCCCAGUGUGAGCAGCAACAAAGCUACAUCUGUUACGCCAAGCACUGGUUCUGGUUCUUCGUCCUCCGGUGACUACGCUACUUCUAGACUUGAAAAUAGCAUUGCUUUCCCAAGUGUCUCUUCUUAUUUUCCACUUCAGGAGAAAGACGCUUCUCAUGCGGAAACCGAUCCUAGUGUAUUUGAGGCAUGGCGUGAACCCAUUGACUCUCUGGACAAUGACUUUGCAACAAACGAUGCAAUUUUCAAUGAGGUAUUCCCCGACCUUUUCAAUGAUACGACGAAAGCUUCGGAGGAGUCUGCCUAUCUACUUACUCCAGAAAUACUUCAAAAUGCAUCAUCUCUUACAGACAGCGCUUUCUCCUCGACUCUUAUAACUCAGGCAAAGGAUGAUUCCGCAAGCUUUAACUUCACCGCGCUUGAACAAGCAGAUAACUUGUCCGGACCUAUCCUGCCAAGUCCCGCUCAAACCAAUCCUCCUUUUGCAUCAACCGUACCCGAGAAAUCAACUGACCAUCAACCAGAAACUUUUGUAUCAAGUUCCGAUCUUGAGACAACUCAACCUCCACCGGAGGAAGAAGAGAUUAUUCCUCCUAAAGGUUACAAUUACCUUAAUUGCGCAACUGUUUGGUCAAAGAUUGUCGAACAUCCGAAGUUCGAACAAAUUGAUAUCGAUGAUUUGUGUGUCAAAUUAAAGGAAAAGGCCAAGUGUUCGCACACUGGUGUUUUAGUGGAUGAAAAAGAACUAUCUGAAACGAUUAAUAGUGUUAUUGGUUGAGAAUACCUUUUUGCUUUAACGCUUUCAUAUACCUUCUAUCUUGAAUCCAUGAUUAAACACACAGCUAUGACUCUAUAACUCCCUUAUGUGUGCCGCAAAAUAUAAAGAAUAGUCAACGAAACGUUGACAUGUUUAGGUAUAUACUCUUAUGUAAUCUCUGUUUUAAUGUUUAUUGUUUAUUAUAUUCAGUCUAUUUCAAUGUUCAACAAUAAAGAGUUACAGUUGUUCACGUUUAGCAAUAA